UCUCACGAUACGCCAAAAUAUUUCAAAAUGGCGAACGGUACACCAGGAACUCCAGGUCCUGAGACGGAAAAAGCAGCCAGUCGACGUCCAAAAGAUACAAAGCUCAAGCAGCAAAGACUUCCAGCAUGGCAGCCCAUUUUAACAGCAGGCACUGUGUUACCAGCUUUCUUUGCUAUAGGUCUGGCUUUUAUUCCACUAGGAGUUGUACUUCUUGUUACCUCAGAUGAUAUUCAAGAGGUGAGGUAUGACUACACUCAAUGUACGAGUACAGAUGCUGCCACUCUUGGUCAGAAAUGUGCUGACCUUCUCAGUAACCUGACAGCAACGGGACAGACUUGUACCUGCACAAUUAGCAUUGAACUGAAAGAAGAUUUCAGAGGCACAGUGUACAUGUAUUAUGGAUUAACAAAUUUUUAUCAGAACCACCGACGUUAUGUACGGUCACGUGAUGAUAGCCAGUUGCAUGGGUACAAUGUGGACAGUCUAUAUAGUGACUGUGAGCCCUUCAAGACAAAGAAAAUAAACACAUCACUCGAGAUGAAAAUAGCGCCUUGUGGUGCAAUAGCCAACAGCUUGUUCAAUGAUACAUAUGCCUUUGUAUAUAAAGGAGAUGGAAGCCAGAAUGUGAACGUUUCUAUGUUAAGAACUGGAAUUGCCUGGGCAUCAGACAAGGAUGUCAAAUUUGGAAAUCCCAGUUCUAAGAAUGAAAGUGAUGACCCAUGGGCAGGAUUUACAAAUCCACCAAACUGGAAUAACAAGAUGGUGUAUCAACUUGAUCCUGAUGAUGAGAACAACAACGGCUACAAGAAUGAAGAUCUUAUUGUAUGGAUGAGAACAGCUGCCCUGCCGACUUUCCGUAAACUUCAUCGUCGGAUUAAUCACCAGCAGACACAGUUUACUGAAGGUCUCCCUAAAGGAACAUAUGAAGUUACAAUUGAUUAUGCCUACCCUGUUACACUGUUUGAUGGUACCAAAAGUAUCAUUUUGACAACAACAUCAUGGCUUGGUGGGAAGAAUCCCUUCCUUGGUAUAGCGUACCUGGUUGUAGGGUCUAUAUGUAUCCUACUUGGUGUCAUAUUUCUUCUUAUACAUCUCAAAUGGGGCCGCAAGACAUCAGAGAUGAUUAAUGUCACAAGCAGAACAACUUUCAACUGAUGAUGAUGAUGAUAAUAUCUCAAAUAACAACAGUGAUGAUGAUAAUUAUAAUGUGGAGAUUGGAGAUGAGAUCUAGAUCACGGUGUACUAAAGAGGGUAUUCAUGGUCCAUCAGAUACUUUGAUGUUACAAAGAUGUACUGUGUUUUAAUAGAGGAUGUGGUUGUAGCUUUUUUAACCUUGUAUUUCUGUAAGACUUACCAGCUCUACAAUUCAGAAUUCUUAACUUAGAAAUAUAGGGGUAAAAGAGAUCUGUUUUAUUGCAUAAUUGAAAGAAUGUAUGAAUUUAGUUAGAACAGAACAAGCAAAAAUAAUGCAUAAACUUGAUAGGCCAUUCAAACUUUUAUAUAUUUGAUCACUGUUAUUUCUUUAGUUUCAUUUAUAUUAUGAUGGAAAUAUUUGUGAAGAACUUUUUUAACCACAUGUGGUGAACUUCUUUUAAAAAAGCCUGACAGUGAAAACAUUUUUUUUUAAAUUAAAAUAUAUUGAAAUUUUUUUUCCGGAUAUCUAGACAUUUAGGUCAUAUAAAGUUAAAUUUAUGUUUAGCCUCCACCCCAAUGUUUUCUUGUCAGAAUUGGGAAAAAAUCUUUCCUAACCCGUCAUUCUGAAUAACAAAAAACGAUAUAUAUUUAGCAAAAAUUGAGUACUGUGUUUUACAUAAAUCAGAUGCAUGAUUUAUCAUUCAUUUUUUGUUUAAUAGAGAAAAACAUUUGUGCCUUUUUGCUUAGGAAUGUAUAAUAUGCAUGUUGGAAAUUCAGUUUAAUAAACUGCUCUCGAGUCCAGCUGCCAUAGGAAUCAUAUAUACCUAAAUAUAACACAUUAUUUAAUUAAACAUAGUGGUGAAUGCUGAACAUGGGAUAUAACUUUAAUUGGCCUAAUUGAAAACAGAUACUGUAGUCAAGUCAAACACACAUUUUAGGCAAAACACUACCCAAGUUUUCUCAGGAAAAAUGCUGUAAAUUGGUUAAUAUCUGUAUUUUCACAAAUGUACGUGAUCACAGUGACCGGCAAAUUCAAAACUCGUGAGUGUUAAGAAGUAUUACCUUCCAUUGUAUAGACAAGAAAGAAGCAAGAUUUAGUAAUUUAGUUUCUGUUGUCUUAUUAGAUAGCAGAGUGAAAGUACGCAGAAAAUACCCCAUUUACAGUAUUAGAUUUAUCCUGCCAUUGCUACGUUACUGUAAUGGUUCCAUACCAGCAUUGAAAACUGCUUAAAUAAUGGCUGAUAAUAGUGUAUGUAUACGCAUAAUCUUAGAAAUUGAUGAUAAACUUUAUUUGUAAGCCUUUUUCUAAAUGAGCAUUCUAUGUUUAAAUAAAUGAGGCAGUUUUAAGUAGAAUUUGCUUGGAGUUAAAAAGUACAUCACUAUGCCUGACAACACUGUUGUUUACUUAAGGUAUUGGCCCUCUAAUAGUAAUGUUUGCAAACUGAUACUUGCUUGGUAUAUUCUUAAAGUUGACCAUGUUUCGCAUUGUGUUGCAAAUUUUAAACAACUUUUACUGUGCCGUUUUUUGUAAAUUUUGUAUAAUUUGUGGUAUUUCCUCAAGCUCAAGUUGAGACAAAUUUCAGUGUGAUGGCCACUAUCUAAAACGUUAGCAGAGAAUUCAUUACAGCAUUAAUUUUGAUAAAAGAAACCUCAAACUAUUGUUAAACAGUUAUAAAACACAAAAUAAAACUGUAAAUAUCAUUUUUAGCUCAUCUGAUUUUUUGAAAAAAAAUGAUGAGUUAUUGUCAUCACUUGAGCGGUUGUCGGCGUUGGCGUCGGCGUCUGCGUCGGCGUUGCCUGGUUAAGUUUUAUGUUUAGGUCAGCUUUUCUCCUAAACUAUCAAAGCUAUUGCUUUGAAACUUGGAAUACUUGUUCACCAUCAUAAGCUGACCCUGUAUAGCAAGAAACAUAACUCCAUCUUGCUUUUUGCAAGAUUUAUGGCCCCUUUUGUACUUAGAAAAUAUCAGAUUUCUUGGUUAAGUUUUAUGUUUAGGUCAACUUUUCUCCCAAACUGUCAAAGCUAUUGCUUUGAAACUUGGAAUACUUGUUCACCAUCAUAAGCUGACCCUGUACAGCAAGAAACAUAACUCCAUCUUGCUUUUUGCAAGAUUUAUUGCCCCUUUUGGACUUAGAAAAUCAGUUUUCUGGUUAAGUUUUAUGUUUAGGUCAGCUUUUAUCCUAAACUAUCAAAGCUAUUGCUUUAAAACUUGCAACACUUGUUCACCAUCAUAAGUUGACCCUGUACAGCAAGAACCAUAACUCCAUCCUGCUUUUUGCAAGAUUUAUGGCCCCUUUUGGACUUAGAAAAUAUCAGAUUUCUUGGUUAAGUUUUAUGUUUAGGUCAACUUUUUCUCUUAAACUAUCAAAGCUAUUGCUUUGAAACUUGCAACACUUGUUCACCAUCAUAAGCUGACCCUGUACAGCAAGCAGCGUAACUCCAUCCUGAUUUUUGCAAUAAUUAUUGCCCCUUUUGGACUUAGAAAAUCAUUUUCUUGGUUGAGUAAUAUGUUUAAGUCAACUUUUCUCAUAAACUAUCAAAGUUAUUGCUUUAAAACUUGCAACAGUUUUUCACCAUCAUAAGUGGACGCUGUACAUCAAGAAACAUAACUCUAUCCUGCUUUUUGCAAGAAUGAUGGCCCUUUUUAGACUUAGAAAAUCAUGGGUAGGACAAUAUUUCUAUUACACAAAAAAAAUCAGAUGAGCGUCAGCACCCGCAAGGCGGUGCUCUUGUUUCUAGGGUGCCUCAAGUAAACAGAUUUAAUGAGACAGUCAAACUCCAACAUUGAAAAAUUAAGGUUGAAUCCUGUGGGUCUGUUUUGAAUUUUGCUCACUUCAUUCAAAGAUAACUUUGGGGCAGAAGUAAAACCUACCUGCAUUUCUUCCACAAUAUGUAAUCUAAAGAAUGAAGGCAAAAUAGAGAACUUUUACCGCAUGUAACUCAGUAUUUUUAAAGAUGUCUAACUCGACCCCUCCUGAUUCAGAGGUAAAUUCACAUUGAACAGCAAAAAAUCGCUUAUAAAAUUAAAAUUUUCCACUUUUGUACAAUACAUCCAUAAUAAGUCUUGAAAGAAGUAAAAACUUACUAGAAAAAAGGAAAAUCUGAGAGAAAAAAUUUUGGUCCCAGUGGGGCUUGAACCUACGCCCCCCCUGAAAACUGCAGUCAAAGUAGGUUUAUAGUACGAAUUGAAUACUCUUCAAAAAUGAGGUACUCUAUUACAGGUCCAAUACCUUAAUUCACUAUGUGUAAUUAUUGAUUUUUAUUCAUUUUAUAAAUUGAAGUACUUUGAUUGCAGUUUGUUAUUGCUGUUUAAGUUUUUUCAAGUGAAAAAAAAAAUGUUUUAAGAGUGCACUUAUAAUCAGAUACAACUGGAAUAGAAUCUUUAUAAAUUAGAUAAAAUCUCAUGGCUCUCAUUCAUAUUAUCGCUGACCUUCCUGUAUAGGGGUGACAGAACAGAAUAAAACUUAGGCCAUAACUCAGGCCAUAACUCGAAACAUUUUUCAGAUUGACUCUUUGAUAUAUAUAAAGAAUUUUAGCACAGAUAUAUGUGUUGCUAUGACGAAAGUUUUUGGUUUUUACAAUUUAUUUAUUUUAUUUUGUUGGGUUUAACGUCGCACCGACACAAUUUUAGGUCAUAUGGCGACUUUUGGUUUUUACAAUAGUGUUGAAAAAAAUAAGGGUGAAUUUUUUGUAUCUAUAUGAUAAAUAAAGUGCUCAUCAUACUGUAGUAUUUAUAGAUUAUAUGUAUAAUCCUGUUCCAUUGUACUUUGUCUCCUAGUACCUUUUUAAUUUUCUCAUUUUUGCCCUUUAUUUUAUUUGUAGUAGUCGAUAUCACCAUUUUUGUCUUUUGACUUUCAUCUAACAUUUUAACUGCAAUGUAUAAAAAACAAUGCACUUAAAGUUCAUUCCAUGUGAUCUUAUUUGUUUUCAGAGAGUGAUGGAGAGAGGAACAGAGAGAGAGAGAGAGGGAGAGAGAGUGAGUCUUACCAACCAUUGCAUUUCUUAGACUGUUACCUACUUUUGUGUUUUGAAGCAACUCAUUUUGUAUCUGAUAUUCAGAGAGAAUGUUAAUUUGAUAAUUUGAACUGAAUUUGGUUGAGGAAUGUUGAUACUAAAUACUAAACUUUAGAGCUUACAGCUCUGAUAUUUUAGUCAUUCUACACAGAUUUUUCUCUUCCAGUCAAUUAAUCGCACUUACACCAUGUGAGAAUCCAUUAUAGUCACCAUAUUGGCAAGAUAAAUGAUGAACUUUAUGAAAUUACCUACAAGAUAUUGUGCUAGAUGCUGUAAUAUACAUAUGAGUGAAUCAAAACUUCAAAAAUCUCUGGCUUUGGGUUACAAUUUGAGAUUCAGUGGAAGUAGGUCAAACUAUAAGCAUUUUUAUAGGAUACACAUGAAAUAAAUACCAUUUCUGAUAUAGCAUUGUAGUAGCUAACUAAAACUCAUUACAGGAAUUUUUUUCACAUAUUUAUUAUAUAGAUGUUGUACAUGAUUAUUAUAGAUGUGUAAAUAUAGUGUUGCUGGCACACAUUACUCAUAUCUUGUAUCCUGUUAUAUUUAUUCUGAAUACAUUUUGAUACAUGUUUAAAUCCAAAGAAUGAAUGUUUUUGCAUAAUUGCUGUUUAUUUUUAUAUUGUGUAAAUGUAGAUUAUACCAAGGGUUUUUCAUCUAACAGGGUUUCAACUGAAGCAAUGUAUAUGCCUGUUAUUGGUAGGGCAUUUCCUGUUAAUACAAUUUCAGUAUGUCAGAAUUUCGGAAAACAUACAUACUUGAUUUCAGAUAAUUCUUACCUUAUAGUAGCCCGCCCGCUUAGCUCAGUAGGUAAGAGCGUUGGUCUACGGAUCGCGGGGUCGCGAGUUCGAUCCUCGGGCGGGGCGUAUGUUCUCCGUGACUAUUUGAUAAACGACAUUGUGUCUGAAAUCAUUAGUCCUCAACCUCUGAUUCAUGUGGGGAAGUUGGCAGUUACUUGCGGAGAACAGGUUUGUACUGGUACAGAAUCCAGGAACACUGGUUAGGUUAACUGCCCGCCGUUAUAUAACUGAAAUAUUGUUGAAAAACGGCGUUAAACCCAAAACAAACAAACAAAUUACCUUAUAGUACUGACUAGGUAUGGGCUCUAUGUAAUAAUGUAUCUCAAUAUUAGUUGCACAUAAGGUAAUUUUCAGUUUGCUGAUAAGAAAUUUAAAAGUGUUGAAAACCAACAUCAUUUUAACCGAUAAGAAAUAAACAGUACUAAUGAUUGCUUUUAACAUAUACUGCUGAGAAAUGGUGUUCAACCAUUUGUAACAUAAUUUCUGUUCAAGAUUUUAAGCCUUACAGAGCAGCAUAAUGUCUUUAAUACACAUACACAUUUUGUCAUCUGAUAAUUUUUAGGUUUUUUUUUCCUUACUGUGUGCAUGUUUUAAAGUACUUUAAUCACAGUUGGUUUUUAUUGAGAAAAAUGCACUCUUCUAUACCUGUUUGUUUUUUUCUGUUAGUGGAACACAUUUACACAACAUGACCGUGCAACAUAUUUCAGUACUGGAUACAAUAUAUUCCAAAUUGGACAGCUGAAAAUUUGGUACAUAUUAUUAUGUUAACUCAACAGGAAAUUGCCUUAAGUUAUUGAAGUAUCAUAAUGAAAUAUGUCAAUAGAUGUGGGAUGCAUUGUUCACCUUAUAUAAGUAUAUGUUAUUAGCUGUGCUUUGCUCACAUUGCCCUGUACAUUGAGCCAGUCUGAAAUGUUUGUUAGAAAAAAGCAUAGAAUAAUAGGAUAAGUUAACACUGCUCUGUACAAUAAUGCAUAAACUGGACUGGUGCCCAGCCUUUCUGCUUGUCGAAUCCUGUUUUUUGGCAAUGCACGCAUCCAAAUAUAGGCCUGUUUUGAUCAUAACAGUAUUAUGUAACCUGCGCAGUAUCACUUCUGCAGAAUGUGUGGUGCAAAUUUCUCAAUACAAAUCAAAUAAUCUAUAGAUAUUUCAGCUGCUAAACUAUGUUCAUUGUUAAUGAAUUUUUAGAGAGUUUGUAAGUUUGUUUUAUUGUCUGUUAGCACAUUCACAUUCCAAUUGUACAUAGACUUUUAUGUUAGUAGUGCAAAUUACUACCCGGGUUUCAAUAUUAUAAAUCCAUGUUUAUACCUUAAUCAUGCUAAGAAAAGUGUUUCAGAGCAUAAAGUUUGUUUUCUAUUUCAAGUAGGAGUUUCUAUGAAUUUAGCCAUGAAAUGCCAGAUUAUUGUGGUAAACGAAAAUUGUCUGGAAAAAUGUAUAAAAAAACGUGAUUGUGAACAUCUUCAUCACUCCGGAAAUGAAAAUCUUAUAUUUAAUACACGAACAUGCACAUGUUGUCAGACACUGCCUAAUACAUCACUCAUUUGGCUCUAUCUAAUGUAAAAGUAUUUAAAAGUAGAGAAAUAAAAUUAACAGAUUUCAUACAGGUUUUGCAUUUUCCCAUGAUAGUAAUUAGCUAUUCAUACGUUUCUUACAUUUGUUUCUUACAUUUGUUUCUUUAUGUUCAUAAAAUUUUCAAUUUUACUAUCUUAGAUGAUGUAACUCAUACAUGAACUGUUAACUGAAAAAAAAAGCUGAAAAUUAGACAUCUUCCAUUUUGGCUCAUUGUUACAUAAAACAAAAUGCAAAUGGGUUGUGAAAUGAAUCUGGAAUGUUUUAAUUAAUCCUUUGCAUUGUAUGACUUCAAAACUUAAAAAAAAUCUGAUAUAGUCAUUUCCUUGUAGUUUAAGAUGAAUUUUGAUAUGUUUUGUUUUUCUUACCAAUGUUAAAUAAGGCUGAAUAAAAUAAUUCAUUAGUUUUACUGAUCUAUUGGAUUAAGAAAUCUUGUUUAAAGAAUGAAACUAUAACAUACAUACAUGUAUGCUAAAUAAAAAAAAUAAAACUUGUUAUGAUAUUGUUUCAUGCACAUGCAUAUCAAAUAUUUUAGUUAACUUUCAAAAUUGUAGUACAUGUACUUUAUACCAGCUGUUUCAACUACAGGUAGUUUUCCAUACAUUCAAAAGAAACAUUUGUACAAAGAGCAGUAACUGCACUUCAAAAUUUUGUCUGAAAUGAUUUCUGCAGUUACUUUUGUUUUGCACUGAAAUGCCAGAUUGAUUUUUAAAGGAGCACAACUGAGAUCUGUCAGAUUUUUCAAUAUUUAGAAAUUACCUUUUUACAUGAUUGUAAAUACGAAGUAUAUCCAUUGUGUAUGAGACAGUAUUUUGUUUAUAAAACACUUGUAAAAUAUAUAUAUAAACUUAACCCUUAGCCUGCUGGCGGCGAUUGGUUUGCCUUUGCGACCAGUGCAGACCAAGAUCAGCCUGCACAUCCGUGCAGUCAGAUCAUGGUCUGCACUGUUCGCUAUUCAGUCAGUUAAUUUUUAGUAAACACCCCUUCAAAUGAUAAAUGGUACUGCCCAUAUUGGAAGAUGGACCAGUCCAUUAUAGAAAUUUAGCAUGGUAAGGGUUAAAUAACUGUGAUUUGAGAUUUAGAUAUCUUAAUGUUGAGAGGUUAUAUCUUUGAAGAAAACAAAAGAUAUUUUGAUGUACAUUGUAAGCUUUGUGUUUAACUGUAUGUAAAUGUUUACAAAGUAAGAAUGUUUUCAAGGAUAUCUUAAGACAUUCACCUGUCUGAAGGAAAUUGUGGUUUAUCAAACUAGUUAUUCAUUUUAUUCAGCCCUACUGAAAUUUUAAUCAAUCAUUGUUCAUUAUUCUAGUCUAUACUGUAUGAUUGUGAUUUUGGUCAAUUUAUCUGUAAUAAAGUAAAAGAUUGUUA